AUGGCGCCGGGUUCGCCAUCAAGGCCAGUAGCAGCUUGCUUGUUCCUAGUGGCUGCGGUGCUUGCCGUCCUCGCCGUGGCGCCGCCGUGCUGCAUGGCGCAGAACUCGCCGCAGGACUUCGUGAACCCGCACAACUCGGCGAGGUCCGACGUCGGCGUGGGGCCGGUGACCUGGAACGAGACGGUGGCGGCGUACGCGCAGGCGUACGCGAACCAGCGGCAAGGCGACUGCAGGCUGGUGCACUCCAACUGCACCGGCAAGUACGGCGAGAACCUGUUCUGGGGCUCCGCCGGCGGCAACUGGACGGCGGCGAGCGCCGUGGCGGCGUGGGUGUCGGAGAAGCAGUGGUACAACCACACCACCAACACCUGCUCGGCGCCGUCGGGGAAGUCGUGCGGCCACUACACGCAGGUGGUGUGGCGGAGCUCGACGGCGAUCGGCUGCGCACGCGUCGUCUGCAACGGCACCCUCGGCGUCUUCAUCACCUGCAACUACUCGCCGCCGGGGAACUACAUCGGCCAAUCACCCUACUAA